AAUAAAGCUUUGGCAGAGCGCGUGGGUGACACUAGAAGGAAGGUCCGAUUCGCUAAAGUAGCACUACCUUCAUAAAAAGGAUCAUUUUGACCACACACAGUAGUACCUAUUUUUGUAUCUAUAUUUAAUAUUACGGGUAACGAGUAAACCCCUACAAACAUGGCAGAAAGUGACUGGGAUACCGUGACUGUCUUGAGGAAGAAGGGGCCGUCUGCUUCACAGGCCAAAUCCAAGCAGCAAACCGUUUAUAACGGAUGGGUUUUGCUGGCUGGUGGUUUGACACAUUUCUUAAUUAUUUAUGAAAAAUCUUCUCCUCAGAAAAUUAAUGAGAAGCCUCAAGUCAUCGCAGACUAUGAAUGUGGGAAAGCAAUUCCAAACAACCAGGUCCUGGGCAAGAUAGAGAGAGCAAUUGGUCUCAAACUGCGUGGGAAGGACAUUGGGCUACCCUUGGAGCCAAAAACCAUGAAAAAGUGAAGACAUAGCCUCGAAAUCAGCCCUCCCCAGGCCCCUUCUUCCCCUGUCCAAAAACUAGAACCCUUUCCCUACCCUCCUUCCAAGAACCCUUUAAACCCCCCUCCCUACCUUCCUCUCCCCCCUCCCCCUACCUGGGCUGAUCUCACCUGUGUCCUCCCCCAGGACCGGGUUCUCCACUGCAUCACCGGCUGCUUACUGAAACUGUUUCUCCACCACAUAAUCAAAUGAAUGAUCGAACGUAUUUUUCAACGUCACUAACUCGGGAGUUCUGUGAAUCCGUUUGCUUUGGCUUUGGCAUGAUGAAUUCAACUUUUUAAUGUAGACUAAUUUAAAGAAGUAGAAUUAUUUUUCAUUACCAAACAAACUACUUUGACUCACGUUAUUUCUGAGCAUGAUGAUAAGCCAAAAGUGCUCGAUUGCAUCUUUUAUUUCACUCACGAGGAAAGAGUGGAUGUCAUUACAGUUUUGAAAUGUUUUAAUGCUGUGCUUUGUUUUGAUCUUUUGAAAUAAAGUCUCGCAAUUCA